CGGAACUCCACCCAGUCGGAACCGCUCGCGCUCACACCGUACGCCAGGUGCUCGCCGUCCUCCGAGAACGCGUAACCUGGCACAGGAACGACGGAAGAGAAGUGACGACACAAAGCACACACGGUCAUUUGUUCAAGGGAGAAACUCGGCGCGUGCACCUUUAACUCAACCUGGAAUUACAGUGUACCGCGUGCUGAGCCUUUAAACUCCACCCCCAUGACGUCACGUGUAUUUGGCAGGACAAGAAAGAGGUAGGAAGGAGUGAGGGAGUGACGGAGUGAGGCGGUAAACGGGGUGUCUGUCCGUGAUGGAGGCUGUACAGAGGAUGACGGUGACAGCGACGGCGGCGUGGCGGAGGAUCCGCUGCUCUCGCGCAUCCGCGUGAAACCCAGUGUCAGUCAGAGAGAGAGCGCGCGCGUGAGAGGCGUGAACAUGGCCGCGGUGCUGUGCGGUGGUGGUGGAGGAGGAGGAGGAGGAGGAUGCGGGAGCGCGUGCUUGCAGGUGCUCCUGUUCGGCUCGACCGCGCUCGUGAUCCUGGCGGAGAGAACCGCGCUGAUCUGCUGCUUUGCCUUCUACCUGUGGAAGGAGCAGUUGUUGUGGGCGGGGCUGACCUUUGCCCUGUUGUUGCCGGGGGCGAUCGUGCAGGUGCUGAGCUUUAUGUGGUACCGGGCAGAUGGAGAGCAGCGAACAUGUCACCUGCUCAUCAUACACACACUCCACCUGGGCAUCUUCAAAAGGUUGUGGGACUGCAGCGUGUGUGUGUGGCGUGCUCAGUCUCAGGCUCAGCAGGUGAUGCAGCAGGUGGACGUGGCGGCGUUGCGUUUGCUCGACGUUCUGCUCCUCACCCUUCCUCAGGCGCUCACACACACGUACGUCCUCACGGCAGCCGAGUUCAGCCUCACGUCACCAGUUGCGCUGUGUAGCGGUGUGUGUGUGCUGUCCCUGUCCUGGGCGUUGGUGUUGUACAGUCGGGCGUGUUGUCUGGCGCGGCCCGGUCACCUGCUCAUGCUCCCCGCUGCCCUGCUGUGCCAGCUGUUGUGGAGGGCGGGGCUACUGAGCGCACGCUUCGCCAGCCUCGCCCUCUUCGCCCGCUCCUUCGGAUGCUGGGUCAUCGGCGUCGUGGGUUGCCAUUGGCUGAUCGCAGCGUUGUGGUUGGUCUCUCAGCAGACCGAUAUCUGCGUGGGACAGUGCGCUUGGCGUGGGUUCAACCUCGUGCUGGGGGGCGUGCACGUCUUCCUGUUCCUGAACGUGAAGGACGGACCGUCUCGGUACCGCAUGGCCGGCUUUUACACGGUGAUGCUACUGGAGAAUGCCACGCUCGUCCUGGCUGCCUCCGACAUCCUCACCGAGGCAUCAUGGGAGAGCCUGACUGUCCCCACUGCUGUCCUGUGUAGUUUCCUGCUGGGUCUGACGUUUCUGCUGGUAUACUAUCGUUUCCUGCACCCGAAGUCCACAGAGAUCUCCCACACUCUGCAUCACGGAGCUCAGGCGGGCAGCGCGUGUCUUGAUCAGGGUGACUCGUCUUUCUCCCUGGCUGACAAGAGCCUCACUCUUCCCUCUCUCCGUCCUCCGAUCUCCUCCUCCCAUCCCUCCUUCUCGCUGCUGGAGCACCCGGGGAGCUGCGGGGCGAAGGCGGGCGCCGAGUGCCGCCACCACCACUGGCUCCUCGUGCGUCUGGCGCUGAAAACCGGAGACCCGAGCAAGAUCGAGCGGGCGUUCGGCGGCGGAGGAGCGACGGGCAUCGUGAGCGAAGAGCAGGAAGACGACACGGGAGAGAAAGGAGGAAGAGGAGGAGACGGGUUGGACGUCAAGGACGAAGACGACACGCUGGCGCCGCUGUCCGACUGCAAGGACGAGUUCGAGAGCGUGAGCGAGGCGAGGGAAGACGAGGCCGACGACGAGGCGGAUGGGGACGCGAGUGCGGAAAUGGACAGCGUGGACUCGGAGUGGAAGCGCAGCUCACCCGAGGGGAAGUCCGUGUUCGGAGACAGCCCCGAACCCGAUUACUGCCCCACCGAGUCCAGCUCCACGCUGUACUUCAGCGCCGACCCACAAUCCCCAAGCAGCGCCAGCGACCCCCGUCCGGAAGUUUCCGGACAUCACCUGACAGGCCCACGCCGGCACCUCAUCCUCUCCGCACGAGGCCUAGAGGACGACACGGGUUUCUGACCAGGUUCAAACGUGGACCGAGCCGAGUUUGUUUAAACGAAUCACACAGGAAACGCACUCGGUCGGACUCCGUGUCAACCAGACUUCACUGUGUAGCUGAAGCGUGAGGGCGGCCAUCUCGGAUGGCCGGAAUCUUCUUUUUAACUCCGUUUAAGCUCCGCCCCUCAAACUUUGUCCGCUUAUGUCAUUUGGAGUUGCGCUGGUGUUGCUGGAAAAGAUUUCAGUGAGACUUUGGAUUACUUGUUAGCUACAUUAGCUGUGCAGCUUCCUUGCAAAACUAAGGAUACAUGUCUUAGCUGAUUGACCGGGAUAUAUCCGUUUAUAUAUUCGCACAAAAAACAGCCGCAAAUCAGACGUCUUCUCUUCUCAGUGAUGGCGGGGCGGGGGGGGGGGGCGGAAUUGCAUUU